UAGCUAACAGCGGGGCUCCGGGGGCUCUGACUCCGACCGACCGACCGACACCGAGAGGGACGUGAGGGGAAGGGGAGGGGGUGUUGUGGAGAAGCUGGUGCCCGAUGAUUGUCGCCUCCCUGCCGGAUGCGGCGGAGGCAGCAGCCCGCGCGGUGUCGCUUAGAGACGGAGGCAGGAGGCAGAGCGAAACGGGGUCGACGGGGGUAGUGAGUGAACCGAGGCAACGAAGAGCCUGCCAGCCACAUUUGAUUUAUUAAAUAAAAUUAUUUAGUGCAAUUUUUUAAUUAACAAGGACCUAAAUGUUACAAAGAUGAAGCAGUGAAUUUAGCAGGAUUUUUUUUAAAUUAAAAUUUACUAUUAUUAUUUAAUUGCUAUAGAAAAUAAGAUUUUUAUACACGCACACACAAAUAUAUAUAUAUAUUAUUUGCACAAUAUUUUUGUGUCUCUGUCUAACUCGAUUAUUGACUUUUUUGGUGUAGUUUUGAGUCAUCAUGGCGCUAAAAUAUUUUGAUUUGGGGCUGAUAUUUUGACGGGGGUUGUUUUUUUUUACAUUUUUAAAAUGAAAUGUGAUUUAUUGUUUAAAAUAGUUUUUUCAACAACAAUCAUGUUCAUUUUAUUUUAAGAUUUAAAUUACGUGUGUUCUUGCAGAAAGCCUGUGUUCAUGUGUUCAUUCUUUUUUCUUUUUUUUUUUGCACAUUUAAAUUACGUAGAUAUUCCUACAGACACAGGCAUGUUCAUUUUUAAAUAAUUUAUUUUACUUUUUCAUUGAUCUUUAUUUAAAUUACAUUCCUACAAUGGGACGCUGAUAGAUUAUUAUUUUUUUAUUCAUUACAUUUUUAUUUACUUAUUUAUUUGUUUAUCUCUUUAUUGUUAGCCUUCAAAUUUAAGUAUUUUCCUAGGAUGCAGUCAAUUUUUUUCCUUUCAGGGGCAAAAAGUGACCAAGGCUAACAGGCGGUGACAGGCGGAGUAGUUAUUGAUGAUCACUGAUCACAAGUGAUGAUUAUUGUUUUUCAACAGGAAGGUCAGGCCAGGAGGUGACGAGGCAGGGUCCGUUACCAUGGUGAUAACAGAUGAUGAUUUAUCCCCUUAUUGGGCCUUAUCCAUUCAAUAAUUUAUUAUUCACAGAUUCACUUUGUUCCUUUUCUUCUCCUCCUCCUCCUCCUCCCUUUAUCUUCCUCUCCCCUGUUCUCUCUCGCCCUUCAUCCUCACUGCUUCCUCUUCCUCCCCCUCUCUCGUCCCGUUCCCCUCCGUUCGUCUUCCCUCCUCUCUCUUUCAGGUCACCGAGAGCCAGCAACAGCUCGCUCUGAAGAUCAAAUCCACCCUCGUUUCCUCUCUCUCUACGAUGCUCUGCUCACGUCCAUAUGUUGAAGAACACACUCGUCUUAUUUUAGCACCACUACCUUCCUCCUCCUCCUCCUCUUCCUCCUCUCUUGCCCUCCUCUCUUCUGAGUUUUGACUCCCCUUUUCACUCUCUCUCUCUUUGUCUCUCUCUCUCUCUCUUUCUUAUUUUUUUCACACACGGAAAAAGAAAAUGAAGCGUGGGUCGAGUGUGUUGCAGCCUCACUCUGAUGCAGCCAAACGACACGCACACCCUGCAAACACACACACAAAGACACACACAGGCGAUGACGCACAAGCCGCAGGUUCGAGCCCCUUCCCAGCAGCCACCUCUCUGUUCAGCCCUGAUGUCAGCACCAAGAUGGCGUCUGACCUCCUCAUCAGGCUGUCAGAGGCCACCCAGAAGGCCCAGAUGCAUCCUGGGAGCCGAGAGGAAGCGGAGCAGCAGGAUGAGCCAGGCGUCGCUCUCUCACCGGACAGCCCCGGGGCGAGUCCCGAGCCACCGUCCCUCACGCACACGCCUGACGGCAAUGCCGCUACGGACACGCUAGCUUCAGAUCUGCUCCGGAAGCUAGCAGAGCGUCAGGAAGUGAAUGGCCAUGUGGUGAGACUCAAAGAAGAAGAAGAGCCAAUGGAAGUCGACACAGUAGCCCAGAGUCAAAUAGUAACAGAAGACGUUACUCUGCCUGCCCCGAAAAUGGUCAAUCAUCACAUCUUCAGUGUUAAAACAGAAGAUCGGGGCCUCACUGGGAACAAGGUGGCUGAGGAGUUGCACCCCAGAGCCAAAAUGGCGGACCGGUGUCUCUUUGGCCUUAAAGUAGAAGGCAAGUUCUGUGCUGAAGGAUGCCCGCCUGUCUCCGCAAUGGCAGACAGUGCAGUCUCUGGAGCCAAACAGUUUCACUUUCAAGUGAACAUGGAGGAUGUCUCUGGAACUAAGAUGUCAGACCACCUUCUAACUGGAGCCAAGAUGGAGGAUCAGCUUCUCUUUAAAGCAAAGUUUGCCGAGCGGCCUUUCUCUGGAGUCAAGGUGACCAACAAGUUUCUCUCUGGAGUCAAAACGGAGGACAAGUUUGCUUCAGGGGCCAAGAUGGAGAACCAGGUUUUCUCCGGGGUGAAGAUGGAGGAGCAGCUCUUCUUUGGAGCCAAGAUGGAAGACCAAUUUACCUCUGGAGCCAAGAUGGCUGACCAGUGCCUCAGAGCAGUGCUGUGGCAGGACAUGUCAGUGAACCUGGCGUCCACACUGCUGCACCAACUGUCAGAGAGGGUCAGUAAGUCCAACAGUCAGCUGGUGGACAGGAUGACUCCACCCAUCAGAAGCAGUCCUGUUUUGAAGGGUAACGACGACCAGCGCCGCUCUUCCCCGGCAGUGAUCAGCUCCCAAACUCCUCCACUUGAAACCCAAACCAGCCUCAGCAGACACCAAACCACAGGUUGCUCUUACUUUUUCAGGUGUCACGUGUGCGGCUUUGAGACCGAAGGACAGGCCCUUUUCCAGAGUCACAUGACCGAACACCGCCAAUGGGAGCACAGAUCCUUCUCGCUGCACUGCUGCGUGUGCGACCACUUGACCAAUCAGGAGGCAGAGAUGAGGGCUCACGUCUGCACGCACAUUCAGGGCGACGCAGUAGAAGUGAGAUGCCCUGUUACCCUUCCUGCUACAGCCUCCACCUCCAGCAGCGGUGCUCGUUCAGUUGCCACGGCAACCCAGCCGGAGACAAGCACCUCAGAGCAUCGCUGCCGCAUCUGCCAGAGGUCGUUUCCAGGGCAACAGGAGCUGCUGGUUCACUUCCAGGGUCAUCGCCAGGGCAACCAGUACCGCUGCGACCGGUGUGGCCACCUGACCCGGACAGCCAACAAGCUGGUGGAGCACGUGCGCGUGCACACGGGGGAGCGACCGUUCACCUGUGACCUCUGCCCCUACAGCGCCAAGCGGCGGGACAGUCUGCGCCUGCACUGCAAGGUCAAACACGCCGCGCACUUCUUCAACGGGGGCGCGACGGACGCACCCGCCGACGUGCAUACGCACCGGUCAUACGUGCAUGCAGACAAUCAGCGCUCGAACAAGCACGUCCAGCGGCUGCACACACCGCCAAGCGCUCACACUGCUGCAUCCUCCUCCUCUGUUCCUCCUCCUCCUCUUCUUCUUCACCCAUCGCUGUCCGACCGCGCUGGAUGGAGGGAUUUGUCUCCUCUCCUCCCGAUCACGACCCUCAUCUCUCUGAAACAGCGCUCUCCUUCAUCUUCCUCCUCCUCCUCUUCAUCUUUCUCUACCAAACACUCUUUUCUUGGUUACCUCGGCCUGACAACUUCUUUGUAAAGCCUCCCUGCUUUUGGUCGUCCUCUCUUCGUCUCCUUCUCUUCUAAUUUCUCCUCUUCCUCUUCUUCCUUUUCUCUUCUAUCCAUUCUCUGGACUCUUAAAGCGAUGGAUGUAAAGCUCUGUAAUGUAUCCAAGGUACUGUCACUCAGCACUAUGUAUGAGAAUGUCAAACAGCACUGAAAACACACCGAUAAGGAACGUUUUUGAAUUUAUUCAACUUUUGCAUCAUGCUCGUGAUUUUUGCUGCAUUCCUGCCUGCUUUAGCCCGUCAUAUAAUCACUGAACUCUUAGCUAUUUAACCGUGUGACAUAUUUAUUGCCUGUCUCUCUUGUCCUCCAGAAACCUUGAACUUAAAAAGUCUCAUUUUAUUAUAAAUUGUUCUAAUCAGAAACACGAGAUGCUGUGACGUAAGGGUCAUUUAUUGAGAUGAUGAGAUAAUGUUGAGGGUUAGAUAGUUUGUUUUUCUUUUAAAACACAACGUGUUUUUUAGACUUUUUUUUUUUAAAAGCAGCUGACUUCAAAAAAACAUGAUUAAAGGAAGAAAAUAAGAGUUGACAGCAUUUCUAGCAGCUCUUUAAGGCAAUAUCUAUAUGAAGGUUUACUUAACUGUUUACUUUGAGUUCAGCAUGCUAACUGUUCCACAGUACAAUGCUAAUAUAGCAGGUAUGAUGCUAAUCGUAUUCUAUGUUCUUAUUUUGUUAUGUGAACAUGCUAACUUUUGCUAAUUAUCGGCAGUGAGAACAAACUACUGCUACUACUGAGAAUGUCCUUAGUUUGGUAUGCUUAUAUGUUAAUUUUUGCUAAUUAACCGCUGAGGCUAAUGGGAAUGUCUUUAGUUUUAUUGUUGUAUUAUUUGCUUAUUGCUGCUGAGACUUCGAACUUUUUUACUUGGUAUAAAUGUCUUUAGUCUAGCUUUUUAGCAUGGUAAUGAUGGCGAUUUAAUACUAAAAAAUGCAGUUCAGCUAAGGGUUAUAUAUAUAUAUGUCUUUAACUUAGAUUGUUACUGCGCUAAUAUUUGCAAUUUAUCACAACAAACAAUGCUGCUUAAAUUGAUGAGAAGGGUGUUAGUUUAACAUGCUGUUUAGCACUAAACACAAUAUACAAGUGAGGCUGAUGGGAAUGCCUUGUGCUGAUUUUUAGCAUUGAUAAUGUUGGCCAUAUCUUGCUGUGGCAUGUGAACAUGCUAACCUUUGCUAAUUUGCACUAAAAGAAAUCACCACUUAGGCUGAUGGGAUAUUAUCAGUUUAUCAUGCUAAUUUGCACGAAUGAUGCAUUCCAGUUGAAGUUGGAAUUUCCAAGUUCCCAGUUGGAAUUGGACCCCCCUCUCAAGUUGGAUUUCCAAUAGAAAGUGAGACCAGCCCCACCAACCCCGACUUCUCAAUCCCAAAUGGUGGCUCCGAAUGGCUCCGUAAAACGUUCAUUCGUGCUGCCAGUGUUGUGUAUCUGUGACUGACUCUAGCCUCAAAUGUGUUGCAGGGGCGUUUUAAGUGCAAAAACACAAGCGUUGCACUGUGUUAAUAGCGAUGCACGAAUGGCUCUACUUUGCUUAGAAGCAAAACUAAUCCUGGUAUCCCUUGUUUUUCUGUCUUUAGUACUGGAAUACAUUCAAAUGAGGAGUGACAUCACUCCCAGCAUUGACAACCGACUUCUGAGUUAAGUGGAUUCACUAUAAAAAUAAGCUAUUGAUGCUACUGGGAUUGAGAAUGUCUUUAGUUUUGUGUGUUACGUGCUAACCUUUCAGUUUUGUAUAGGCUCAAAGGGAUGUCUGUAGCAUGUUAGUAUCUUAAACUUUCUAAGUUAGUACUAUUCACACGCAAUAUUCCUGAGGGGGUUUGAAAUUGCAUUACUUUAGGGUGCUAACAUGAUCAUUUCCACUGAAGCUAAUGAGAAUAUAAUUAUGGUGCAUUCCAGAUUAAGUCGAACUUUCAGAAUUCCCUGUUGGAAUGUUUGUUUGUCUCAAACACCCCCUGAACCUGGAGUUCCAACUGAUAAAGUGGGAGAAACCCCUAUAUAGAAAUCGAAAAUGGUGGCAGUGAAUGGAAAAAGUAGUGAAACUGUAAUACUUUCUAUCUGUGCCACUAUUGACUUGCUAAAUAAGCCAUAUACAGAGCAGUGAGAACGCUCUGUCCGUGAACGUGCUGCAGCUACAUUUUUAAGCACAAAAACCAAAAAUUAUGCUGUGUUCCUAGUGAUGACAUGAAUGACUCUGCUUUGCUAUGAAACAAAACCAAUCCUGUUUGUCGCGCUUUUCUGACUUUAGUACUGAAAUACACUAACUCCGGAAUAACUUCACUCCAGAGUUCUGAAUUAACUGGAAUGAGACAUUACCUUAGGGUACUAGCAUGCUAACACUGGCUAAUGAAAGCAAAAAAAACCACGCAGCAAGGCUAACAGUCCUCAGCUUAUUGCGCAAACAUGCUAACAUUUGCCAUUUAGCAUUAAACGGAGCAUCUAGCUGAGCUGAUGAAAAUGUUACUAGCUUUAUUAUUAUUUUAUCCUGAAUUUGGUUAAAGUCAUCAGGAUGUUUGUGUCAAGUCUUUAAUGCUCCAUGUAAAUCCAUCCAGCCAACAAAUGUGGAGAUGUUUCCAACAGACCAAUUCAGAGAACCACUCAAGGUUUAAAUCAUUGGUGUUUUACUGUCUGAGUUCAUCUACAACUGUGAGUGAAAGCAUUUUAAACCAGAUGCUGCAGCCGCAGUAUACUUUUCAUAAUCUGCUGCUUAUUGUCUUAGCCAUUCUAAUCGUAAAGUCUAUAUUUUCUGAGAGACCAUCUUCACUUGUUGUGUCUGACUUUGGUAUUGUAUUACUGCAGAAAGCUCACAAAUACUCACAUUUGAUGAGAACGCUUUAUUUUAUUUGACUGGUUGCAUGAAUUAUUUAAAGUUACCAUCCUUCAGUCUGCUGCUUCCACUUCAAUAUUGGAGGAUUUUUGGGGUUAUUCGUGGUUUCUGGAGGACAGUGAUGAUGCUUCUAAUAUUUGUGUUGUAUAUUGAUAAUGUAUUUGUGUUUACAUGACUACAUGGGGCUCCUGGGAGUCUGAAAUGUCUUAAUUUAAGGUUGCACUAUAUGUAGACAGAAGAAAAGUCAGUUUAGAACACUUUAGCCUUUUGCAAAAACACUUUAAGUGUUGGUUUGUUUUGUAAUGUCGCCGAAGGAAAAGUCGAAACCCACAGCCAAAUAAUUACUCUGCAGAUUCAGUCCCGGGGAUCCAGUUUUUGUUAAAUUAUCCAGUACUAACAGCUGAUCCACGACUGGUAUGGGGCAGGGAUAGCUGCUCAAUAAAGUGUCGAAAAUA